AUGGAACCAAUUGAUUUGUACGUGGAAAUGGAUUCUGACUGUAACGCUGUCGGAUCGACUACUUGGGAAUGUAUGGGUCACCAUGUCGUAUUCUCCAUCUACGGUCCGGACGAGGCCAAGGUUACCGAGGAGUUAACUCAUCGUGCUUGCGUUACCAUGACUGUUACUCCUCCAUCUGGUCAACAUACUCUAAGAGAAUCGGAACUUGAAUUAUUCUUGAUAAGCGUACUCGAGCGCCUGAUUGACGUAAAAGAGUUUCCGCGAACAAAGGUAAUCCCUUUUGUUGUUGUACUCGCUGAGCAUAUCUGGAUUUGUAUGUAUGCUGUAGCCUCCUUUAAGCAACGUUCACAGGUUUCCUUUUAUGCCACUAAGUGGUCAGUUCUAAUAGUACUGAAUAGAGUGGUGAAUAUGGCAGAAUGUCUGUUGAUACUAGCGUUUUGA